GGGGCCGAGCUGGAGCCGGAGCUGGAGUCAGAGCCGGAGUCAGAGCCGGCGGUUGCAGUGGAGGCGGUGAUGUCGGUGCAGGUCGUGUCAGCAGCGGCUACCGCGAAGGUGCCUGAGGUGGAGCUGAAAGACCUGAGCCCCUCCGAGGCGGAGCCGCAACUGGGACGGAGCACGUCGGCUGUGAGCGCCAUGGCGCCCCCGGCAGGCGGCGGGGACCCCGAGGCUCCAGCCCCCGCCGCGGAGCGGCCCCCGGCCCCCGGCCCGGGCUCGGGGCCCGCCGCCGCUCUCAGCCCAGCCGCCGGGAAAGUGCCUCAGGCGUCGGCCAUGAAGCGGAGCGACCCUCAUCACCAGCACCAGCGGCACCGAGACGGCGGCGAGGCCCUGGUCAGCCCCGACGGCACCGUCACCGAGGCGCCGCGCACAGUCAAGAAGCAGAUCCAAUUUGCUGACCAGAAACAAGAAUUCAACAAACGUCCCACCAAAAUUGGACGUCGCUCUCUGUCUCGUUCCAUUUCUCAGUCAUCUACUGACAGCUACAGCUCAGCGGCUUCAUAUACAGAUAGCUCUGAUGAUGAGACAUCUCCCAGGGACAAGCAGCAAAAGAACUCUAAGGGAAGCAGUGACUUCUGUGUCAAGAACAUCAAACAGGCAGAGUUUGGACGAAGAGAAAUUGAAAUCGCUGAACAAGAAAUGCCUGCACUGAUGGCUUUGAGGAAAAGAGCUCAAGGAGAAAAACCUUUGGCUGGAGCCAAAAUUGUGGGUUGCACACACAUCACUGCUCAGACUGCUGUGCUUAUGGAAACCCUGGGUGCGCUGGGGGCACAGUGCCGAUGGGCAGCCUGCAACAUCUAUUCCACUCUCAAUGAAGUGGCUGCUGCUCUAGCAGAAAGUGGAUUUCCUGUCUUUGCCUGGAAAGGAGAAUCAGAAGAUGACUUUUGGUGGUGCAUUGAUAGAUGUGUGAAUGUGGAGGGUUGGCAGCCAAACAUGAUAUUGGAUGAUGGAGGGGAUCUUACUCACUGGAUUUAUAAGAAGUAUCCUAAUAUGUUCAAAAAAAUCAAGGGCAUAGUGGAGGAGAGUGUCACUGGAGUCCACAGGCUGUACCAGCUAUCUAAGGCCGGGAAGCUGUGUGUUCCAGCCAUGAAUGUCAAUGACUCUGUCACCAAACAGAAAUUUGACAACCUCUACUGUUGCCGUGAAUCCAUUCUAGAUGGACUUAAAAGGACAACAGACAUGAUGUUUGGUGGAAAGCAGGUGGUUGUCUGUGGCUAUGGAGAGGUGGGGAAGGGGUGCUGUGCUGCUCUAAAAGCCAUGGGCUCUAUUGUGUAUGUAACUGAGAUUGACCCCAUCUGUGCUCUUCAAGCCUGUAUGGAUGGAUUUCGGCUGGUGAAAUUAAACGAGGUCAUCCGACAAGUGGAUAUUGUUAUUACCUGUACAGGUAACAAGAAUGUGGUAACCAGAGAGCACUUGGACCGUAUGAAGAAUAGCUGCAUCGUUUGUAACAUGGGACAUUCCAACACAGAGAUUGAUGUGGCGAGUCUGCGGACACCAGAACUGACCUGGGAGCGAGUGAGAUCCCAAGUUGACCAUGUAAUAUGGCCUGAUGGCAAGAGGAUAGUAUUGCUGGCAGAGGGCCGUCUGCUGAACCUAAGCUGCUCCACAGUGCCUACAUUUGUGCUCUCAAUCACCGCCACUACUCAGGCUCUUGCCUUGAUAGAGCUUUACAAUGCUCCUGAGGGUCGCUAUAAGCAGGAUGUCUACCUGUUGCCCAAGAAAAUGGAUGAGUAUGUGGCCAGCCUACACCUGCCCACCUUUGAUGCCCACCUGACGGAGCUGACAGAUGAACAGGCCAAGUAUCUGGGACUCAACAAGAAUGGGCCUUUCAAGCCUAAUUACUACAGGUAUUAAGUUCCUGUAAUUCAAGCCAGAAGAAGUUUUAAGGAAUAGAACUCCAAGUCUUUUCUCCACUCCUAUACAGGAAAGAACCCAGCAAGCUGCUUCUCCAAUCAGCUGCUCGCCGUGCUCACCCUAUAUGUUAGGUUAUUUAUUUAUUAAAACCUAGAAUCCUGUGCCUGUUG